AUGUCCGCAGCGCCUGAAUUUUCGGGACUCCCGAUCGGUCCCCUUGUGGACGCAACACCCGCUACGCGACCCUCCCACACCACCCUCGCUGGACGGCUCGUCACUCUGGUGCCCUUGGAUGCCGAAGCUCACGGCGCCGCUCUCUUCGCCGCUACGGCUGGCCCUGGACAGGAUGCUCUCUGGCUCUACAUGGGUGACGGUCCCUAUGCCUCGCUCGAUACCUUUCGGGAAGCCCUGCGCCAGAAGGCGGCCUCUCUAGACCCCUUGUUUUUCACGAUCAUCUCCAAUAAGACACGCGAGCCCGUCGGAUAUGCGUCUUAUCUGCGCAUCGAUCCGGCCAACCGUGCCGUCGAGGUCGGAAACAUUAUGUUCUCGCGUGCGCUCCAGCGUACGGCUGCGGCCACCGAGGCGCUUUUCUUGCUGGCGCGCCACGCCUUUGAUGUGCUGGGCUUCCGUCGCUACGAGUGGAAGUGCAACGCGCUGAACGCGCCAUCAAGACGUGCUGCCGAGCGUCUCGGCUUCGUUUUCGAGGGCGUCUUCCGACAGCACAUGAUCGUCAAGGGGCGCAAUCGUGACACCGCCUGGUUCUCCAUGCUAGUAGAUGAGUGGCCGGCGCGAAAAGCCGCGUUCGAGCGGUGGCUGGCGCCAGAGAACUUUGACGACGAGGGUCACCAGCGCAAGACCCUAGAACGAAUCUUAUCGUAG